AUGACUUCGUUACUGCAACCAAUGGACCAAGGCAUUAUCUACAACAUAAAACAACAUUACAGGAAACGUAUUUUAACGAAUAUAUUGGCUCAGCUGGAUGGGGGAACUUCUGUUUUUACCAUAGACUUACUCCACGCUAUUCGAAAUUUAAGCACCGUAUGGGAUGUCUAUGUUAAACCAGAAACAAUUGCCAACUGUUUUAGAAAGGCAGGAUUUUCAAAAGAUGCCAUGCAAAAUCCUUCUGAGCAGUGGGAUGAAGAAGACCUUUCAAUAGCGGAUUUGGCUGCUCUGCAGUCUUCAUUUAAAAAAGUGACAAAUAUCGAGGCAUCAUUUGAGGACUAUGUUAAUGUUGAUAUUGAUGUGCCGACCUCGGAAAACCCGUCCGAGGAAGAUAUCAUCAGCAGCGUUCUAGAAAGUCGCGGAGUUCCAGCUGUACCUGAUAUCGAUGAAGUCGAUUUGGACACUGAAGAAGAAAUGGCAGAUACUGAUGAGGCAUUACCUACAUUAGGACAAGUUUCUUCUUCCAUUAACUGUAUUAGAACCUUUGCGGAGAUGAAAAGUGACGUACCGAUUAAUGUUUUUAACUGUCUAAAUAAUUUUGAAGCUUUUGUUGAAAAUGAAAAAUGGAAGAAUGUAAUUCAAACCAAACUUACUGAUUAUUUUAAAUAA